AUUAAUAUACAAUAUUUUGGUGUCAGUAUAUAUUUUAUUUAGUCUAAUUUUUCAAUAUUGCAAUCAAUUUUAUUUACCUUAUCGUUGUAGGGUAUAUAAUGUUAAAUAAUAAAUAAUAAUAAAUAGUACUAUAGUAUUUAGUAUGCAGUAUGUUUGUAAUUUAUGAAGUACUUCUAAUAUUCCGUUUUAAACAACAUUGAGUCGUCGGCAGAGUUAUAUUUAAAAAAUGGAGAUUUCAAUGGCUUCAACCGACAGUGUUAAAGUAUUGGUUGUUGGAGAUUCGGGUGUUGGCAAAACAUGUUUGGUGAAUCUUAUGAGUAAUAAUAAAGUCGUAAAAAAUCCAAAAUGGACAGUUGGAGUAACAGUUGAAAUAAAACUGUACAAAUAUAUGGAAGGAACGCCUAGACAACGCAAUUGUUUUAUAGAAAUGUGGGACAUUGGAGGAAGUUCAAACCAUAAAAAUACUAGAGAUAUAUUUUAUAAUGCUAUCCAUGGCAUAAUUUUAGUGUAUGAUUUAACUAACCUUAAAUCUAGUGAAAAUUUACAUAAGUGGUUGGCAGAAAUUUUGAAUAAGGAUAAUAACUCAAAAUAUAAAUGUACAGAUGGAUUUGAUAUGGAACAACUGGUUGGGUCAAACAGAGUACCUAUUUUAGUCUGUGGUACCAAGUUGGAUAUGGCUCCAGAACGUGGUAAGAAGUCGCCUUCUACUGUUGCUGCAGAAUGUGGUGCUGAUGAAAUAUUAAUUAAUUGUCAUGAUUCAAAAUCAUUGGAACCAAGUACAGUUGCAUCAUCAAAGUUUAAUAACUUUUUAGAUAGAGUAAUACAAACAAAAUAUCCAAUCAGUAACUCUAGUCCAUUUAGUCAAGGCCUUUACUCAAGACAACAUCAAUACCAAUUGUCCAAAACACCACAGUACCCAGUUACUAGACAAAUAAUUUAUGAUGGUUCACCUACAAUUAGUAAAAAUACAUUUUUCAAUUCUAAAACAAUACAUAAAGACUGAAACAUUUAUAUUAUACUUUUAAUUCAAUAAAUUAUAUGCAACACUUUAUAGUUUGAAUUACAUGGAAAAUUAUAAUAUUCUUAUUACAUAAAAGGUAUAAUAUGGUAAAGAUCAGAUGGCAAAUUUGGUAGAAUAGAUUCCUGGUACAUAGAUCACUCAAUUCAAUUAAAACUGAAAACAAUUAAUUUAUCAUACAACACUAACAAUUUAAUAAACAAUUAUAUCUAUAAUUGAGUUAAAAUGGUAAUGAGUUUUUUAAUUCAAAUAGAAACCCCUUUUUUAAAUCAUUCUAAUAUGCAUUUGGUUACGUAAAGAAGAAUAAAAAUUGUUGUCAAUAACUCAACAUAAACAGGGAUACCAAGCAUAUACAGUGUCCCGUGAGGAUUUACCCAUUGGGUUAAGUCGUGAAAUAAUGGAGAUAUCAUAAUUCAAGUUUUUUAAGAAAAAAAAAUAUUUUUUUCAAGUUUUGAGAAAAAUUGCAGGCCA